AUAUUCCUGUGCGGUUUUGAGGCAGUACUUUCGGCCAAAAUUUUGUUUCUAUUUCCGCUUCCGUUCGCGAGCCAUUAUCGAAUUUUCACUCCCCUCAUCGACGAACUCGCCUCCAGAGGUCAUAACAUCACCGCUUACACAUCCGAAUAUUUCAAGCGGAAAGAUCCAACGCCGAAUUUCAGAGAGAUAGUGGUUCAUCUUGGUCCUGACACCCCUAAUAUUGAUGAUAUCGACGUGAUGGAACUGGGAAGGAUGUCCAUCGUCCGGUCCACGAUUCAAGAAGUGGCCACUUUCUCGGCUGUGACCGAAUCGGCCCUCAAAAGCGCCGAAUUGCAAGAUCUGAUGAUGUCCGAUGCCAAAUUCGAUCUGAUCAUAAUGGAGGCGACAUCCGUACAAGAGGCCCUCCUGGCUUUCGGUCAUAAAUUCGGAGCUCCAAUCGUGAAUUUGCACCCUUUCUAUCUCUCAGUGGGUAUGGGGUUGAUGACCGGGACCCCUAACCCUUUGUCCUGUGUCCCGGAUUUCCGGGUGCCUUACACGGAUCAUAUGAGUUUCCUGGAGAGGACGCACAAUGCCCUCAUAGGGCUCUUCGAUGUGGUUUAUGGGAGUCUUUGGCAUGUUCCGCGACAAGAGAGUAUAAUGCGGAGGAACUUCAAGUACCCGGGUUCGAAUAUGCUGCCCCCGCUCGAAGAAUUGUUGGCGAAUAUUUCCUUGCACCUCGUCGACGCACACCCCAUGAUGUACGUGCGGCCGUACAGCUUCAAUGUCAUCGAUGUGGCCGGAAUGAAUAUCAAACCGGCGCAACGGCUGCCACCAGACUUACAAAAGUUCAUGGAUGAAGCCCCAGAGGGCGUUAUAUACUUCAGCCUUGGAUCGUAUAUACAACCGAAUAUGCUCAGAGAGCAUGUUAGGCGUGCUUUUGAGGAAACAUUCAAGAAAGUCAAAUAUCGAGUCAUUUGGAAACAAUCAGAGCCAAUUGAGGGAGCAACCGAGAAUAUUCUACAGAAGUCCUGGUUACCUCAAAAUGAAAUCCUCGCCCACCCUAAAUGUAAACUUUUUGUCACUCACGGUGGUUACAACAGCCUAGUCGAAGCCAUGACUGCUGGCGUUCCAGUGUUGGGACUACCGGUAUUUGUCGAUCAACAUCAUAAUGUGGCCUACUAUGAGCACAUGGGAGUUGGAUUAGGUGCUGAUGUCGAGAGUCUUACCGCUGAGGAAUUUUCCGAAAAAAUUGAAAGAAUCAUCAACACACCAUCGUUUGAAGAAAACGCGAAGCAUGUGGCCAGAAUUUAUCGAGAUAUGCCCGAAACGAGUUUGGAGAGAGCAGUGUGGUGGGUCGAAUACGUUCUGAGACAUAAUGGGGCUCACCACCUGAAACCGGUGUCCGUAUCCAUGUCUCUCUUCAAGUAUUUUCUCCUGGAUGUGAUUGCAUUUUGGUUAUUUGUCGUAGUGAUUGUUAUCUACAUCGCAUACAAACUUCCAGUUGUAGCCUUUAAGAAAAUCAAGAGCAGAGCUGCCCGAAAAAAAUAAACAAAUGAACAAGCCUCAAA